AUGGCUGGAUCAGAGAGGAGGAAAAGAUUGAUUUUUAGUAAAAUAUAUUCUUUCAAGUGUUUAAAACCUUUCUCUAGAGAAGAAGAUCAGUCUCAGAUUGGUACAAGAGGUUACUCAAGAGUUGUGUUGUGUAAUGAUCCGGAUAACCCCGAGGCGGUUCAGCUUAAUUACAGAGGGAAUUAUGUAUCAACCACUAAGUACACAGCUACUAAUUUCAUCCCAAAGUCUUUGUUUGAGCAGUUUAGAAGAGUUGCCAAUAUAUAUUUCCUUGUUGUUGCUUUCGUUUCCUUUAGCCCUUUGGCUCCUUAUACUGCUCCUAGUGUUCUUGCACCUCUCUUGAUUGUGAUCGGUGCGACUAUGGUUAAAGAAGGAGUUGAAGAUUGGAGGAGAAGGAAACAAGACAUUGAAGCUAACAAUAGGAAAGUUGAAGUUCUCGGUAAAAACGGUACAUUUGGCGAAACGAAGUGGAAAAAUCUUCGAGUUGGUGAUCUUGUGAAGGUUCACAAGGAUGAGUAUUUUCCGGCUGAUCUUCUUCUUCUUUCGUCAAGCUAUGAAGACGGGAUUUGUUAUGUUGAGACCAUGAAUCUUGAUGGAGAGACUAAUUUGAAGCUAAAGCACGCGUUGGAGAUCACAUCCGAUGAAGAGCCGAUCAAGAACUUCAGGGGGGUGGUCAAAUGUGAGGAUCCUAAUGAGCAUUUAUAUUCCUUUGUAGGAACGCUUCACUUCCAAGGAAAGCAAUAUCCUCUCUCUCCUCAGCAGAUACUAUUAAGAGAUUCGAAGCUGAAAAACACCGAUUACGUUCACGGAGUGGUUGUUUUCACGGGUCAUGACACCAAAGUGAUGCAGAAUGCUACUGAUCCUCCUUCCAAGAGGAGUAAGAUUGAGAAAAAAAUGGACAAGAUCGUUUACAUACUCUUCAGUAUCUUGAUUGUGAUAUCGUUUACUGGAUCUGUGUUCUUCGGGGUUAUAACGAGAAGAGAUCUCAGUGAUAAUGGGAAGCUACGUAGAUGGUAUCUUAGACCGGAUCAGAUUAGUGUGUUUUACGACCCACGGAAAGCAAUUGCUGCUGCUUUCUUUCAUUUCUUAACUGCUCUAAUGCUAUAUGGUUACUUAAUACCGAUAUCGUUAUAUGUCUCGAUUGAAAUGGUGAAGGUGUUACAGAGUAUUUUCAUCAACCAAGACCAAGAGAUGUACCACGAGGAAACUGAUAGGCCUGCUCGUGCAAGGACGUCUAAUCUCAACGAAGAGCUCGGUCAAGUCGAUACAAUUCUCUCGGAUAAAACAGGUACUCUGACUUGCAAUUCAAUGGAGUUUGUGAAAUGUUCGAUCGCUGGAACUGCUUAUGGGCGUGGUAUGACAGAAGUAGAAAUGGCCUUGAGAAAGCAAAAGGGUAUGAUACCUCAAGAAGAAGUUGAUGAUGAUUCUUUAUACAUUAAGGAGAAAAAAGCAAAUUCGACAAAGUCGGUUAAAGGUUUUAACUUCUGGGAUGAGAGAAUAGUUGAUGGGCAAUGGAUCAAUCAACCAAAUGCAGAACUCAUCCAGAAGUUCUUUCGGGUGUUAGCUAUUUGCCACACUGCUAUCCCUGAUGUAAACAGUGAUACCGGAGAAAUCACAUAUGAAGCUGAGUCUCCUGAUGAAGCAGCUUUUGUCAUAGCUUCUCGAGAGCUUGGAUUUGAAUUCUUUGCAAGGUCUCAAACUAGUAUAUCUUUGCAUGAAAUAGACCACAUGACCGGUGAAAAAGUUGACAGAGUAUAUGAGCUGCUUCAUGUCCUAGAGUUCAGCAGUUCACGCAAAAGAAUGUCGGUAAUUGUGCGAAAUCCGGAAAACCGGUUAUUGUUGCUUUCAAAAGGCGCAGACAGUGUAAUGUUUGAAAGACUUGAAAAACACGGACGCCAAAAUGAAAGAGAGACAAAGGAACAUCUCAAGAGGUAUGCAGAGGCAGGUUUAAGAACUUUGGUGAUAACAUACAGAGAAGUCGAUGAAGACGAGUACAGAAUCUGGGAAGAGGAGUUUCUGAAAGCCAAAACUUUGGUCACUGAAGAUAGAGAUUCUUUAAUUGAUGCAGCUGCUGAUAAGAUUGAGAAGGAUUUGAUUCUUCUUGGCUCUACUGCAGUGGAAGACAAGCUGCAGAAGGGUGUUCCAGAUUGUAUUGAAAAGUUAUCUCAAGCUGGGGUAAAAAUAUGGGUUUUAACCGGUGAUAAGACGGAAACUGCAAUAAAUAUCGGAUAUGCUUGUAGUCUCUUAAGAGAAGGCAUGAAAAAGAUUUUGAUAACUCUAGAUUCACCUGACAUUGAAGCCUUAGAAAAACAAGGAGACAAAAAUGCUGUUGCAAAGGCUUCUUUUCAGAGUAUUAAAAAACAGUUACGAGAUGGAAUGACACAAACUGUUGCAGAAACCGAUAAUUCAGCCAAAGAAAAUAUGGAAAUGUUUGGUUUAGUGAUUGAUGGAAAUUCCUUAACCUUUGCAUUGGACACAAUGCUGGAGAAAGAGUUCUUGGAACUUGCGAUUCGAUGUAAUUCUGUUAUAUGUUGCCGGUCUUCACCAAAACAAAAGGCUCUCGUUACAAGAUUGGUAAAAAGCGGGACAGGUAGAACUACACUGGCCAUUGGAGAUGGUGCAAAUGAUGUUGGAAUGCUUCAAGAAGCCGAUAUUGGAGUCGGUAUAAGCGGUGCCGAAGGAAUGCAGGCAGUGAUGGCUAGUGAUUUUGCGAUUGCUCAGUUUCGGUUUCUGGAACGUUUAUUGCUUGUUCACGGUCAUUGGUGUUAUAGGCGUAUCGCAAUGAUGAUAUGCUACUUCUUCUACAAGAACCUCACAUUCGGGUUCACGCUGUUUUGGUAUGAAGCCUAUGCAUCUUUCUCUGGAAAACCAGCUUAUAACGAUUGGUACAUGUCGUGCUACAAUGUCUUCUUCACUUCACUUCCAGUCAUCGCCCUCGGAGUCUUUGAUCAGGAUGUCUCUGCUCGCCUUUGUCUGAAGUAUCCGUUGCUGUACCAAGAAGGGGUACAGAACGUACUAUUCAGCUGGGGACGGAUCCUCGGUUGGAUGUUGAACGGGAUCAUAAGCUCAAUGAUCAUCUUCUUCAUCACAAUCAACACAAUGGCGGCUCAAGCUUUCCGGAUCGAUGGCCAAGUAGUUGAUUACUCGGUUCUCGGCGUAACAAUGUACUCUUCCGUGGUCUGGACGGUGAAUUGCCAAAUGGCUAUUUCGAUAAAUUACUUCACUUGGAUCCAACAUUGCUUCAUUUGGGGAAGCAUAGGGUUUUGGUAUUUAUUCCUUGUCAUCUACGGUUCUCUUCCUCCGACGUUUUCCACAACCGCGUAUCAGGUCUUUGUCGAGACAUCUGCACCUAGUCCGAUCUGUUGGCUCACUCUUGUCCUCGUCGUGUUCUCUGCUCUCUUGCCGUAUUUCUCUUACAGGGCGUUCCAGAUCAAGUUCAGACCAAUGUACCACGAUAUUAUUGUUGAACAAAGGAGAGCGGAACGACCAGAGACUAGGACAAGUACGGUUUCCAGCGAGCUUCCGGUGCAAGUUGAGUUUACUUUGCAUCAUCUUAGGGCAAAUUUGUCAAGAAGAGAUUCUUGGAAUUGA